AUGUUAUUAAAAAUAUGGUUUAAAAUUGAUAUUAGAGAUUAUAAUAAUUGGUUAUGCAUAUUUCAUACAAGUUCAUCAAAUUAUUUAUUUUAUUGGUCAGCAUAUAUGCAAUGUAUAUUAUCAAUACAACGUUGUUAUCUUGUUUUAUAUCCAUUACAAGUUAAAUCAAAAUGGAUGUCUUUAUCAAAACUUUUUAUGUAUCAAAUAAUAAUGUCUAUUUUAUUGAUUAUACCAAUACUUCCAUAUCCAUUAUAUUGGCAAGUUAUUAAUAAUGACUGUGAUCCAGUUAAUGAAAAGAUAUUUCGUUUGACAACAUUAUGUGAUUUAAUAUUUUGGGGAUUAAUACCAGUAUUUAUUAUGACUACAUGUACGGGAAUUAUUUGUCGUAAUUUAUUAACAAGGAAUAAAUUCACAAAGAAAACUAUUCAAUCCAAAGUGAAAACUAAUCAACAUAGUAACUAUUAUUAUUCAACUCAUACCACAAGAAGUAUCAAUGAUUUAUGUAAAAGUCAUUAUCCAGAAGACUCAGAAAUACAUGUACAUAGUGAAAAGAAAUCAUGUCGUUCAGAAAGUUUAAUAUCAAAUCAAGAAAAUAUAUUUAUUACAAAUAGUCAUACAACUCGUUCUUUGAAUGACUUUCGAACAACAUCAGAGUUAAAUAAACGUAAAUAUAUCUCACAAGAUAGUCAUACACAUGUAACGCCAUUAUUACUAUGCAUGAAUUUUGUUUAUAUGGCAAGUGUUUGUCCAUUACUUACAUAUUUUUUAUAUUUAAAUUUCAUUGUAGAUAGUAUUGAUAAUAAUAUGCAUAAAUUUCUAUACUACUUAUUUCGUAGUUUUUGCUUAUUGAGUACAUGUACAAAUUGGAUAUUUUAUUGCGUUGCUGGUAAAAAAUUUCGUGAUCGUACAAAACAAUUAUUAUUAUCAUUAUGUAAUUCAAAUAAAAUUUCAUCAGUCAUCAAUGAAAAUGGUUUCUUAAUUAUUAAAUAUACUGACAAGCAUAGGUGUUCAGUUUCAAAUAUAACAAGAACUAAAGGAUUAUCAUCAUCUGGUCAUUAA